GACAUUCGCAAAAGCGAAUUAUGGCCGCCGAAAACACGCCUCGAAAACUUGCUGAUUUGCGUGUUGUGGAUUUACGCCAAGAAUUAGAAAAGAGGGGUUUGGAUAAAACAGGAGUGAAAGCUGUCUUGACUGAAAGGUUGCAGAAGGCUUUGGAAGAAGAGGGAGAGAAUCCUGAAGAGUAUGACUUUGAAUCAACAAGCACACCUAAAAAAGGGCCCACAAACAAAGUUAAUGACAAGUCGGAGGAAAAAGAUGAUGUGAAAGAAAAGGAAGGGGAAGAUGAAGAGCUGGAUGAUUCUUUGCUGACAGUAGAGGAUGACAAACAAGAGAAUGGAGAAGAUACUCCCAUGGAUGAUAGCAAACUAUUAGAGGAUGCUCCAGAUACUACAGAAAAAAUGGAAACUGAUGUAAAUCCUCCCACUGAAAAAGCCGAAGCCAAGCAGGAUCCUGCGGUACUUGAUAAAACCGUUGUUGAGGCCAAGCAGACAGAAAUUUCUGUGACUGUCACAGUUAAAAAUGAGGAGACAUCAAUAACAAAUAGUAAAGCAUCUGCUCAGUCUACACCAAAAGUUGAGGUGGAGGUUAUAAAGGAACCCCAAAUGGUAACUCCUAAGUCCACAGAAGUGACCAAUGAAUCUUCUAGCAGUGAAGCAACUUCAUCUGAUAAAGAAGUAAAGCCAGAAACCUCAAAUCAAUCCGAGUCCAAAGAGUCAACUCCAGUGACCUCCAGUGCCCCAGAAACUACCCUAGAGGAGAGAAAAACAGCUCCAGACACAACAAGUACACCAAACACAGAGGAUCCUGAGCCACUGGAUGUUCACGUAGAUGACACACAAAAUGACCUGGAUUCCGAUAUUCUUGAAACUAAAACUUCAAAAUCUGAUAAAAAAGAUAAACCCGCUCCAAGUAAUGAAGUCAUGGAUACAUCUGGAGGUGAAGGAGCUCCUACAAGUUCUACUGUCGCAAGCUCUGACGGUAAAAUUGACAGUUCAGGUACAGAAAAUGCCUCUGCUCCUAAAACUACAGAAGCUGAUUCUACACUCUCCUCCACCACCACUACUGCCAGUCCUGGUGAAAAGAUGGAAGACAGCAAGUCCAAAAGCACUGACACCAAGGAGCAGAAAAAAGAUGAUAAAGGAAAAAGCACUUCAGGCCGGAAUCUUUGGGUUAGUGGACUGUCAUCUUCAACUCGUGCUACUGAUCUGAAAUCCUUGUUCAGCAAAUAUGGAAAGGUGGUAGGAGCUAAGGUUGUGACCAAUGCUAGGAGCCCUGGGUCUCGAUGUUAUGGAUUUGUUACAAUGUCCACUGCAGAUGAGGCAUCUAAGUGUAUCCAGCACUUACAUCGUACAGAACUUCAUGGCAAAAUGAUUUCUGUGGAGAGGGCUAAAAAUGAGCCAGGAGGACAGGCAAAAGGAUUGGUCAGCACCCCAAGUAGUAGCCCUGCAGGACGUGGAGCAAAGGCUGACGACAAAAAGGCACCUCCAGCUAAACGAGACGAUAGAAGUAAAAGAGACGAGAAGAAACCAGUGGAGAAAAAAGAGGACAAGAAAGAUUCCAAGAAAGAUGAAAAAACGCCAACAAAGAAAGAUGAUAAAAAAGAUAGCAACAAGAAAGAUUCUCAUUCUACCAGGAAAACCACACCUAAAAAGACUGAUGAAAAGCCUAGGACUGUUGUGAUGGACAAAGAAAAGGGGGAACCUGUGGUUGUCAUUAAGGAGGAGGAAGGAAAAGAGGCCAAAGAAGGGGGAGCCCCAGACAGGGCCAAAUCAACCACCUCAACCCACUCCAAGGAUAAGGGUGACCACAAGAAGGAUGAAAAGAAAGAUCUGUUGUCAUUUGAUAAGAUAAAGGAGGAAAGAGAAAGGGAGAGGCUACGUCAAAGAGAACGAAGAAUUAGGGAAGAAGAAAGAAAGAGACGCUGGGAGAUAGAGCAGGAGAAGAAACGACAGAGGGAUGUCCACAUGAAACAGAGGGCAGAAGCAAUACGGCUCGCAAGGGAGAGGGAAAAACUCAGACGAGACAGGGACCAACUAGAGAAGGAGAAACUGGAGCUGCAGAGGCUUGAAAAGCUGAGACUUGAACAGUUAGAAAGAGACAGACUGGAGAGGGAGCGGGAGGACAAAAGGAGGCUAGAACAGCUUCGACUAGAGGCAGAGCAAAUGAGAAGAAUGGCUAUGAAGAGACCCUAUGAGUCUCGUGGGGGUCGUGAAGAGUUUUGGUCAGAAGCCAAGAGACCCGCUGUCUCUGAUGCACGAUUUACCUCCAACUCAACCUUUUCCUCUGAUAGAUUAUAUGAUGAUAGCAGAGACAAUAGAAUGUCUGAUAGAAGUGAAACCACUGCCUUUGACAGGAAAGUGGAGCGCUAUGAUAGGCGUGAGGAUAGGGUGACAGAAGUUAGGGAGAACCGCAGCGAUAGGUCAUUUGGUGAGAGGAGAGAACGUGACAACUUUAACAGAGACGGUCGUCAGGACAGAAGGAGUUCUGAGAGAUUUGAACGUGAAAGAGACCGAAGCAAUGUUCGAGGGGACAGAAGAGAAAAUUUUCAGCGAGAUAGAUCAGAUAGACGUGAUGACAGGGACACUGACAGAAGGGGGGCUAGAACUCCACCUAGAGAUAGCAGAUCAGAGUGGAAGUCAGAGAGAGAGAGACAAGGUGGGAGUGACACCAGGAUGGUGGUCCGUGGUUUGAGUUCUAGUAGGGACAGCUGGCAGGGUGGGAGCAGCAGCUCUGGUAUACAGGAUGACAGGAGCCGAUCUCGGGUGGGGAUAACCCACAACCCAGGACCAGGUUUGCUUGGUAGUGCACCAGGUACACAGAGAAGUUGGGGAAGCAGCUCAGACAGGAGUAAGGUAGAGAGCAGCUGGUCUGCUUCCAGGCAGCAGAUGGACAGCAGAAGCUCAGGGUCCCAGCAGCAGGACCGCUGGACAGGGGGAAGCCUGGGUCUCCAGGCUGAUGCCAGACAGCAGACUUUUGGCACACAGAUGGCUGGAGGGAUACUAGCUGCCGGGGUACCUAACAUGUUAUUGACCUCUGUACCUCAGGCAACAGGAAUGGUCCUGACCAACCCUUCCCUCACAAGAGGACAAGCUGAACCCAGAUUUGAUGCCUAUAAGAGCAUGCAGACUCAGUUCAGGAGAUACUAAAGAUUUUAUUUGUUGGACUUUCUGUGCAUGUAGAUUUAAAGAACUUAUGUGCAUGCAAACUGAAAAUCUUUCAUAGUUGUUCUUUUAAUUCAUUGUACAUUGAUCAUGUAAAGUAAAAAUUAUCUUCAUUACCAUUCAUUCAUCAAUUUCCCAUUUCAUAAUGAUGAUUUGAAUAAAGAAAGCAAUUAAC